UAGGAACAGUGGCGCCAAAGUUAUUUGAGUGACAGCUAUCAGACACACACUGUCUGUUGCUCAGUGGCUGGUUUGCCGUAAUUUUCGCGCCAUUGGUUACUUAAAGGGUUAGCCCAGAGAUAAGUUAGUCUAUUGGAAGAUAGUAUUUAGUAUGAUUUUAUUUUAGUCUCUUUAUACAGGCUUUGGUUAGCCGUUCACCGACUAGCAGGCUACCUGUGUGUAAGCAAAUUGUUUCGCAAAAGAGCCAAUUCGCCAGGAUAUCGUAGUACAUACUGAAAACACAGUGUCCAGGAGAACACUGUUAACUAACUAUCGCUUUUGUCGUUUUAUUAGCAUUAGGUGGCUUUAGCGUUGUGUGUACUUUUCCGUUUAUGGUGGUACUUACCACCGUAUAGGCUAUAACGUUGUAAGUGCCGCUGCUGAAUAGGUUAUACUGUUUUCACAAAACAAAGAGAAAACCCGUGUAUUUUGGACGUGUUUGGUGUCUGUGGGACUACGCCCACUAACUAGUCACAGAAGCGGCGAAAUGUCGAACCUGAAUGUUGUUUACGAGAAGAUUCACUACAGACACGACCCGCGGUGGCAGCCGCGCCUGGGCCCGGCGGCUGGUUCCGCCGAGCUCUGCGUGGCCUGCGCUAUCGAAAUGAUGGAGAGCGCCGAGGUGUCGUCGGUGCGGAAGUCGGUGGCCCUGGUCUGUGUUGGAGGGGUGUUGAAGAGAAGCCCGGGGGUCCUUAAAGACGUGCUACUGCAGGAUCACCGGGUCUGCCUACAUUUUAUUGCCUCCUUAAUGGGAAUGCUCCAUGCUGUCAAAGACGAGGCUACCCUGGAGCAGACCAUUCAAGUGUUGGUGCCAUUGUUAUUGGAGCUGCAGAGUGAGGAGUUUGUGCAGUGUGUGCUGCAGGAGAUACACACCCAGCUCUGUGAGCAGUCCAGUGUUCGAGGGUUCCUGCCAACCUUCACUUUCCUGGGGAAGCUGAUCGAUGCUGUACCAGCACUGCCGCAGAUCCUGGCCGCUCAGCACGCCCCGCUCCUGGAGCAGCUGUGUGCGGCGUUCCUGUUCCCGGACGAGGCGCUGAAGUCAUCGGUGUGCUACAUCUUCAGAGGGGUGUGGGGGUGUGAGGGCGCGGGGCAGUCCCUCCCCCCGGCCCUGAGGGACAGGCUGUGCGCCCUCCUCCUGCAGACCCUGUCCAGCGCCAGCACCCCCCACCUCACUGUCAACUGUCUGGGUUUUCUCAAGCAGCUGCUGAAGCUGGGUGAGGUGGUGUCAGUGCUGAUGAACUGCCACAGUGAGCCAGACUGUGCUGAGGAUCUGGACCUGGAGCAGAACUCGCAGCCCCACCCGAAGCCCUGCUCCCUGCCCCUCAUUCUCAAAAAGCUGCUGCUGAGCGGUGAGGAGACGCUGCAGGUGGCCAGCGCCCAGUCCGUGGCCGCCGUGCUGGUGCAGUCCCCCAGCCAGUACUGCCCCCUGUUCAUCCAGGCCGACAUACCGGAGUUCCUGUAUGAGAGGCUGUGCAGUCGCAGUGAGGUGCUGCUGUGGUCGGUGUACAGCUGCCUGCUGCUGCUGAUGGAGGAUCCUCUCUUCUUCUCCCAGUGCCACUCUGUCUACGGUAUUGAGUCACUGAUCCGCAGCCUGAAGGAGGCCCUGAGGAUGAACAACCAGGACGUGCAGAGACAGGGUCUGCUGCUGCUCACAGAGACCCUGGAGAAACAGCCAGCGGGGGUGCGCCUGUUCCCCAGCGGUCCCGGGUUCGCUGGGGUGGCGGAGGUGGUGGUGGGCGGAGUCUCGUCGCCUUGCCUGCAGGUGGCCACUCAGGCGGCCCACGCCGCCGCCGCCCUCUUCAGGCUCAACCACCAGUCCAGCCCGGUCCUGUACAAGGAACUGAAGGGGUUGGUGGAGACUGUGAUUGGCAGGUGUACCGAGUUGCCGUUACCCACAGCAACACACCGCAGGGCCACUGGGAGCCUCACCGGAGCAGAGCCCAGCACGCAGUACUCCAGAGCGGGAGCGUUUCUACUCCAGGCCCUGGUCUGCUUCAACGCGGCCUGCAGGUUGGCGGAACAGUGCGCGGGCGAGCCGGGCCUGCAGGAGAACGCCUUCACAGCGCCGGACGCGGCGGGCGGGGACUCGCUGCAGUCCUUCUGUCUGUACCUGCUGCACUGCUGCGACUCUGUCUGCAUCCCUACUGUCACCAGACACUGUGAGAGAGCUGCCAGUCCCGCUGUACUCCUGCAGUUCUUCUCUGUGCUCUCCUGCCAGUUCUGCCUCGUCCCCUCCCUGAUGCCCCUCUUCUCCAAUAAACUGGCUUCCUCUGGCUUCUUCAGACUGACUCUGGAGCGCAAAGCUGCUUUUUGUGUGGGAAACAGAAACACGGCUCUGAACACAGCCUGCUCUGACUUCCUGCGCAGGCUGUGUUUGUCUCUGCUCUCUCAGCUGGACACAAACACAAGCUCUCACCAACAAGACUGUGAGGAGUUGGCGGGUCUGUUGGAGAGGUGUCUGCCCGCUCUGUGCUGUCGCCCGUCGGAGUGGCCCUCCUUGCUGUGCGAGGCCCCAGGGCCUACGGAGGGGGAGGAGGGGCCCAGGGCCACACAGUACUGCCUGCUCAUCCUUCUGUACCUGGCCCUGCAGCAUGGGGACAGGCUGCUGCCUGAUCCUGCUGUGUUCUCCUGUGUGGUGGCGGUGCUGCGCUCUGUUCAGGAGCAGGGGGGCCGCCCCCCUCCCCCCUCAGUGCUGAGAGCCGCUCUCUACCUGCUGUCCAUCACCCAGGACCACAGCCCCGAGCUGGACUGGGCGUCCCUAAACUGCAUCAUUGCAGCCGUGUCCACUUGUCCCAGUUUCUCCUCCCUUCUGCCCCCCCACCCCGCCCUGCUGCACUUCGUGUUCCGCUACCCUGAGCUGGCCGACAGGUUCGGGCCGGCGGUUCUGGAGCUGUGGCUCACUCACAGGCCCGCUCCUGAGGUGCCCGACCCGCGCGGACCGGACCGCAGCCCGGACGUCCCGGUCCUGCUGUCUCUGGUGGAGAAGAACCCGGCCACUCUGCUGAGUCUGCUGGGCGUGAUGUGCUCCAGCGAGUCCCGGCUGGCUGGCCACGCCCUCGGGGCGCUGAGAGGCUUCCUAUUGGCCCGGCCCAGCUGUGACCCCGCCCUCUCAAAGCUCCUCCGCCCGCUCCUCCUCCAGGUCCUGCAGAGGCUGGCUGUGGAGGGCACCGAGGGGCAGGGAGUUCUGGGCCCAGUGCCCCUGGUCCUGCAGCUGUUGUGUCUGAUCCAGAGCAGUGUCUCAGCGCUGGCAGAGAUGGACUGCACUGACUUCAAACUGCUCCACCAUGUGAGCAACCUGGCAGGGAAGCUGAAGGCGUCCAAUACGGAGUCUCUGCUGCCGGCCCUUAAUUACCUGUACUGCAGCGCGGGCCUGUGCCCACCACACUGCGCCAACAGAGGUAGCCAAUCAGCAGCCGUGUCCGUACUGCUCUGCAACAACGGGCUGAUGGAUCAGCUGCAGGCACUGCUCAACCUCUGCCCUGCCUCCUCCUCCUCUUCCUCCCUGCUGUGCUGCUCCCGCCUGCUGCUCUCUACCCUGGUCCACCUGCAGCGUGUUCACUCUGCACAGGUCCAUAAGUGCAUUACUCUGAGCCUGGACAACAUGAUUCAGCUCGUGUGUUUCAGAAAGAGAAAGAUGGACAGCCUCUCGCUGGCCAGUGCUCUCCGGCUGCUGCAGGCAGCCCUGGAUGUGGACCUGCAGUCGCCCCUCCUUGCCCUGACCGUCAGUCCCAGCGCACAGCGCCCUCUGCUGGACACGGAGGCAGCCCUGCAUCCACUGGGCUCCCACGGGGCACAGUGCCUGAUCUCUGCACUCUAUGGCCUGCUGCUGGAGAAGCAGGAGUUCUUGCUGAUUGGCUCAGUCAGCUGUCUGAGGUCCCUGCUGGUAUUUCUGGGAAGAAAGAGUCCUGACACAGCCCUGCACGCAGUCUGCCAGCCCUGGAGCCGAUUCCUGGUCUUCUCCCUUCUGAGCUGUGGAGGGGCCGGCCUCCUGCACCCUGCUGUCCUGCAGCUCCUCGAACUGUUGGUGCGGUUCAGUAGUAAAGCGGUGCUCUGGGAGCCUGACCUGGUGCAGGUGUUGGAGGCAGCAGAGAGCAGAGACCUGAAGGAGCUGGGAGGAGCUGCAGCACAGACCCUGAGCCAGUUACUAACACAGCUCCUGGGCAGCCACUCUCACCAGCCCCCGACACAGAAGCACAGAGAAAGGGUCCAGAGUCUGCUGGACACCCUCGGGUCACUGCCUCCCACAGACUCCCAGGACCACCGCCUUCUACGCGUUGGCGAGUUGUCAGUCUGUCUGUCGGACUUCGCAAUGAAGACGAGGGACAUCGGCGAAUGUGACGCCUAUACUGAGGCCCGGCAGUAAAGCUAAUCAAGUUAAUCAUCAGUUUCGUCCUCGUGGGUUUCCAGUUGCUGCUGUUUGAUAUAGUUGCUGUUGUUUCUUAUGGUUGCUGUUUAUGUUCAUUUUCAAUCUUUUUUCAGUAAAACAAAUUUAAAGCUAA